AUGAGUAACUUCAAGACGAAAGUCAAGGAAGGCAUCAAAACAGCCUUCAGAGGCAUCGGAAAACCCUUCAAAAGCAUCAAAAAACCCUUCAAAGGCAUCAAACGCAAGUUUCAGUCGAAGAACAAGGAGUCCAAAGGGAAACAGCGAGAGGAGCCGGAAGUCGAUCACUCUCCAAUGAUUCCCUCCCACCAGACCGCAGUCAUCCCAGCUCAAACUCCAGCGGGCUCAGAUGGGAGCAAGGAGGCAGAGGAAGUCGCGCUGUACCACUCAUCAAGCUCUUUCAGCUAUCAUGGUACCAUACCCCUUGUGCGGACAGACGGAGUCAUCACAUAUGACCAACCCCCAACAGGAGUGGCUGUCCCGGACGGAACACCUAACUCACCUCAAUGGAUCAAGAUUAAUGCCAUGAACCUGGACCCAAGAGUCAAGAAACACACGAUGCCCCCAAACCCUAUAUCCGUUGGAACUGUGCGAGUUGUUCUAUCCAGCGCAGGACUACGAAUUCUAUCGGACUACCUUCAAGACGCAGUCUACGCCCCGUAUAUCCGAAAAGUCAUCUUCGAAUGUGACCACAUCAAGACAUCACAAGCUCUGGCCGAUCUGGAAAAGCUCAUGCCGUUCCUGGACCACAUAGCGCACAUCCUCCUUAUAGAGACAAAAAAUAUCAAGAUUCCGAUCCGAGACGCCCUGCUUUUCGUUAUCUCAGGGUUUACGACUUACUUAAGAUCCGGACAAGACGCUUAUCUUCUCUGGAAUGCAGAACCUGAGAGGUCGCGACCGGUGGACAUGACGGCAGGCUGUGCUCUGACGAAAACCGGCGUUACCAGUCCCAAUGGGCAUCAGUACGAAGCUCAUUUCGACCUUGGUACGAGACUUGGAGCACCGGAUCAGACGCCUCGUGAGGGUGAAGUCCGUUUUUGGGUCCACAGGGGUGUCAAAGCCGCCAAAGGUACCAGAGGGACACUACGAACCAGAGGGAAUCGACGCGCCGAAGACGAGGCCUUGUUGAUCAGGAAUUUUCCUCGUCACCAAUUUCACCACCUUCCAGGGACAGAGCCAAAGGAAGAGUGGAUGCUAGACUUCACGAGGCUUAAUCUGAGGGCCAUCGAUUUAUAUGGCACACGUCUCACUCUCGAGGGUUUGCAAUUUCUCCUUCGACGCAAUGCACAAACUCUGAAGGUGCUCGUGCUUGAGCAGGUGGAUGUCGCUCCGAGUGGCAGGACAUAG